UCCUGUCAUAGCGUUCGGCUAUGGCGUGCCGCGGCGGUAUAUAAACAACGCGGCGUCAUCUGCUCGCCCUAGCUCUCAUUCCGCGUCCACCAUGGUCGGCCAGAUUACCCUCUACACCGCCAAGAUCUGCCCCUAUGCUCAGCGCGCAGAAAUUGCGCUCGCAGAGACGGGCUUGCCCUUCAGGCGGGUCGAGAUCGACUUGAAGAACAAGCCUGAGUGGUACCCGAACGUGAACCCCAGAGGCCAGGUCCCCGCUAUCACCUACGGUGGCCCGGAGCAUCCGGUCGAGCAGCCCUCGCCCGAGUCUGAGAAGAUUGCCGAGUCCCUCGUCCUCGUCGACUUCUUCAACGACCUCCACCCCGACCACCCGCUUCUCCCCACCGACCCCAUCCUCCGCGCGAAGGCGCGCUACUUCGUUGAGGCAGUCGGCAGCCGCCUCACCAGUGGCUGGGCCGCCGCAGUAAUGCGUGGCGAGGGAUUCGAGAAGUUUUUCGAGGCGGUCGAGUUCUUGCAAUCAUUGCUUCCGCCAAACGGCAAGUAUGCGGUGGGCGACCAGUAUACGAUCGCGGACAUUGCUGCGACGCCAUUCUUCGCGAGGGCGGAGCUUACCUUCCGCAACGAUAUUGGCGUCUUCGCGAAGGGCGAAGGUCAGAAGGCGUGGAGCGCGUUGCAGACGGAACCGCGUUUUGCGCGCUGGAGGGAGUACUAUUCCAACCUGAAAGAGCGGGAUAGUUUCAAGAAGACCUUCGACGAAGAAUUCAUCAAGAAGUCUUUCUCUGCUCGCUUUGCUGACCUUCGCAAGUCGUAGAUACCAUAUACCUGUUUUGGUCGGAGUCCAACAUUGUACGAUAGCAGUGCAGCGGUUUCAUGUUUGUAAGAUAGUCAUGUCAGUAAGCAACGGACGGGGCUCUUCCGAUGAAUGAGCGGGUCGAUAUGCGACGCAGUUAGGACUUCGC